UUUCCAGGUUCUCUCAGCAGCCAACCCAGCUCCUCCUAUCCUCGCCACCAUGCGCGCUUCCGCUCAGACGGCCGGUUCUCUCGCGCUGCUGCUGGUGCUGGUGCUGAUGCUCGGUUCUUCGAUUCUAGCAACUGAUCCCCCAACCUCCUGCUGCUUCAGCUACACAAAAAAGAGGAUUCCACGUACUCACGUGAUCGAUUUCUAUGAAACAAAUAGCAGAUGUUCUCAGCCAGCUGUUGUGUUCAUCUCACGGAAAAAACUGCAGAUUUGUGCCAAUCCCUUAGAGAAGUGGGUCCAAGAUCAUAUGAAUUACUUGAAAGUGAACAGAACAGUGCAUGCAACUGUGGCAAAUUAGCAGAGAUGAAAGCCCAAGGGCACAACAGGACUGCCUACAUUCUUACUUAAUCAAGCAAUUCUCUAGGUGCAACUGCACUUUAAUCUCAGGAAUUUAUUUUAAAGUAUUUAAAGUAUUUUAUUUGGGGAAUGAAUAUUCACUCCUACUAAUUAUUUUAUUUAUGAAACAAGUACAAGAUAAAGAACUUUUUAUAUGUUUGUAUGUUUGUGUGUU